UGUUUCUACAUCAGCGGUCGCCCAAACGAACUGGGUGGAGCAGGCUGCCAACCUUCCCACCCCACUUAUUGCUCAGCUCCACUCCAGCUGCCUUCCUCAUAAUGCCCUGCCCAGCCCAUCACACUGAAUCUAUGACUUCUGUCCUCUGCUGUUGCAAGUCGCAGAAGAGAAAAGAACAGAAAAGACAAGAGCAGAUCAACGUCGGAUCAGGAAAAUGUACAUCUGUUUGUCUCUUCUCUUCUUCUUCAUGGGUUCCACCGCCAAAAAGCAAGGGGACUUUGGCAUUUUUACCGCUUGCACCACCAAGAACAAAAGCCUCAGGUUGGACUGCUAUUAUGCAAACUGUCCAGACUCUCCAUCCUUCAAAUGUACAUUUAUGACGUCGAGCGGGGUCGUGAUUUCUAACGCGACUGAUGAUAAUUGCAAGCUGACUCUCCCAGAUGAGGGUCCGCUGUAUACCAAGAAGGUCAAGAACUACAACUGCACCCUGAAGAGAAAGGAGAGGACCGAACACAAGCAAAUCUCCGUCGACUUCAGCAUACGCCAUGGAAAAAAGCGAAUCAAACCCUGUCCUGACACCACAGGUCUCCUUCUGCACCAGGCUCCGACCUCGCUGUGGCCCGUGGUGAUCCUGUCUCUGUGGAGGGUCCUGGUCACAGACAGUCAGACCACAUGAGGGAUCAGCUGUGGAGGUUUCCACCGACAGAAAUGUGUUCUUAUGUAUUAUUCUUGUGUAUUCGCUCCGUACACAAGUGAUUUACAUUUGCACUGUUUUUACAAGUUGCCUUCAGUAUUCAGAUAAAUGUCUGAUUUCUCUUUUUUAUUUUUCUAUCUUGUGUACAAAUAAUACACAGAUUUCAGCACAUUAACUUCUGACAAGUGUCGGUGUGGUUUCAGUGUGGGGUGUGUGUGACGUCUGGAGGUAGUUUUUUUUUCUUUUGGUAGCACUUUAUAAUACAACCUGUGAUUGACAGUGUAAUUCUGUACAGUAUGAAUCAAGCACCAAUAAAAUACUCACUAGUAACUGCUGGAUCUUAAAUACAGGCACCGACUGUGGGGAACAAGGGGAGUAACUACUGGCCAUUGUGAGGGAAAGGAGAGAUCAAUUAUU